CCACCUACCCACCCGUCCAUCCAUCCCUCCACCCAUCCGUCCACCCACCUACCUAUCCACCCACCUACCCACCCGUCCAUCCGUCCCUCCACCCAUCCGUCCAUCCACCUACCCACCUGUCCAUCCAUCCGUCCACCCGUCCGUCCAUCCACCCACUCGUCUGCCCAUCUAUCCUCCCACCUACCCACCCACCCGUCCAUCCAUCCAUCCAUCCGUCCACCCGUCCCUCCACCCACCUACCCACCUGUCCAUCUGUCCAUCCUCCCAUCCGUCUGUCCAUACCUCCACCCGCCCCUCCACCUACCCAUCUACUCACCCACCUACCCACCCAUCCAUCCAUCCCUCCACCCGUUCACCCAUCCGUCCAUCUACCCACCCACCUACCCACCCGUCCAUCUGUCCUUCCACCCGUCCGUCCAUCCAUGUCCCUCCACCCCUCCGCCCGUCCACCCAUCUGUCCAUCCCUCCACUCAUCCGCUCAUCUAUCCACCCACCUACCCACCUGUCCACCCACCUGCCCACCCAUCCGUCCAUCCCUCCCUCCACCCAUCCGUCCAUCCCUCCCUCCACCUGUCCACCCGUCCGUCCACCUAUCUACCCACCGCUCUACCCAACUAA